UUGUUUAUUGAUAAAAAUAAACAAAUUAAAUUAAAUUUUUCGAAAAGCGCCACCUUACUGAUAACCACAAUAUGAUGGCUCGGCGCGGGGGAAAGCGCAUACGUAUGGAUGAUCCGCCUCCAGCACCAGAAUACGACGAACUGCACAGUGAUGCUUUAAAUGAGAGCGCAUCUGAUGCGGACAGUCCCACCAAACGGAUGACGCGGCUUCGUGCUCGGGGUGGCGUUCGCGACAAGCCGCCAAUUAUCGAUGACGACGAGGAUGAGUUUUUUGCGCCAGUUUCACGAAAACGGAAAACGCCACAAACUCGCCGACCACCAGCAGAACGUAAGGAAAGGAUUGAGCGGCCUCGCAAAGAGCCCGUGGAAAAGGCUAACCACGAGCGCAUCGAUAAUGAACGCGAAAUUACCACAGACGAGAACAGCUUAUACUACAUUGUCCGACACUCGAAGAAUCCGAUUGCGAGCAUUGUAGACCAAUGGAUCGAGCAAUACAAGUCAAAUCGCGAAACUGCGCUCGUCGCAUUAAUGCAAUUCUUUAUAAAUGCCAGCGGCUGCAAGGGAAAAAUAUCGGAGGAUAUAAAAUAUCCUGUUGAUCAUACGGCAAUUAUACGCCGCAUGACAGAGGAAUUUGAUGAGGAAAGUGGUGAAUAUCCAUUAAUUAUGACCGGAACGCAAUGGAAGAAAUUCAAGAAUAACUUUUGUGAUUUUGUGCAAACGCUUGUUAAACAAUGCCAGUAUUCCAUUAUAUACGAUCAGUUUCUAAUGGAUAACGUAAUCUCAUUGUUGACGGGUUUGUCCGACUCUCAAGUGCGAGCCUUUCGCCACACUGCAACACUGGCAGCCAUGAAAUUGAUGACUGCCUUGGUGGAUGUUGCCCUCCUUGUGUCAAACAAUUUUGAAAAUGCAGCUAAACAAUUUGAAGCUGAACGUGUCAAGUCCCGCGAUCGUCGCGCUUCAGAUCGAUUGGACUCAUUGAUGACGAAACGUUCCGAGCUGGAGGAGAAUAUGGAUGAAAUAAAAAGCAUGUUAACCUAUAUGUUUAAAUCGGUAUUUGUGCAUCGCUACAGGGAUACUCUGCCGGAUAUUAGAGCCAUUUGCAUGGCUGAGAUUGGCAUCUGGAUGGAAAACUAUCCACAAAAUUUCUUAGAUGAUUCCUAUCUAAAAUAUAUUGGCUGGACGUUACACGAUAAAAUUGGUGAAGUGCGCCUACGUUGUCUGCAAUCGUUGCUGCCGCUCUAUGAUAAGGAGGAGCUGAAGGGUAAACUGGAGCUUUUUACAUCGAAGUUCAAGGACAGAAUUGUGGCUAUGACGCUGGACAAGGAAUUUGAGGUGUCCGUUCACGCUGUCAAGCUCGUUAUCAGUAUAUUAAAAAUCCAUCCGGAGAUAUUGGCUGAUAAGGAUUGUGAAAUCGUGUAUGAGCUGGUCUACUCGUCGCAUCGAGGCGUUGCGCAGGCCGCUGCCGAGUUUCUCAAUGUGCGAUUGUUUCAUUUAACCGCUGACAUGGACGAAACAAAAACAAAACGGGGCAAAUUGCGUCUUCCAAAUACGCCGCUAAUCAGGGAUCUGGUGCAAUUCUUUAUUGAAUCGGAGUUGCACGAGCACGGCGCAUAUUUGGUGGACUCGUUUAUCGAUAGCAAUGAUAUGGUGCGCGACUGGGAAUGUAUGACGGAUCUACUGCUGGAGGAGCCCGGCCCCAAUGAGGAGCAGCUUGACAACAAGCAGGAAUCCACGCUCAUCGAAAUCAUGGUCAGCAGCGUCAAACAAUCGGCAUCCGGUGAGGUGCCGGUGGGCCGUGCCAGUAAUCGCAAGUUCACACUAAGCGCUAAGGAGCUUAAAGCCAUACAGGACGAAAAGGUCAAACUAACGGAGCAUUUCAUUGUAUACAUUCCCGCCUUGCUGGAAAAAUACCAGGCUGAUAGCGAGAAAUUGGCCAACUUGCUGGCCGUGCCCCAGUACUUUGAUCUAAAUCUGUAUACGACCAACCGUCAGGAGGGGAACCUGCAGGCGCUGCUCGACAAGAUCAACCAGGUGAUGUGUAUGCACACUGGUCGCGAUGUGCUUGAGACCUGCGCCAAGACACUGGAAUGCCUCUGUGCCGAAGGCAGCGCAACCUACACGCGCUGCAACAUUGCUCGUUCCAACAUCAUCGAGAAUGCGGUUAACAAAUACAAGGAUACCAUAGUUGAGUGGCGAAAUUUAAUUUUGGGCGAGGAAACACCAAACGAGGAUGAUAUCUAUAACAUAACCAUAACGCUAAAAGUGUUGUCAAUUUUGUAUUCGUCGCACAAUCUGAACCCGUGGGAUCUAUUUAAAUCUCUGUUCCGUGACGUUGAGGAGGCCCAAUGCAAAGAUAAUGUUGAACGUUGCCUGCCCAAUGAGGCGCUAGCCUAUUGCAUAGAGGCCUGCUACUUCUCGAUUAGUUGGGGUCUCUACUAUGUCGAGAACGAUUGUGAGGCGUUGAAUGUGGCUGCAGUUGUUGCCGAACUGCGCAGCUACUUGGACACCUUUAUGUCCGCCUGCUUUGAGCUCACACGCGACGGACCCACUGUACAAAUUCAAGAAGCUGCCUACCAGUCCAUCUGCGACCUGCUUAUCAUCUACUCGGAUCAAUUGGCACGCAGUGAGAGCGAACAUAUACGCAGCCUGGAAUACAAAUCGCGAAUGGAUGAGCAUCUUAUACUGGACAACUUUGUGCAACAUUAUGUGUUUUCUCUGAAGCAAGUGGUUGCCCAGGAUGAGACACGCAUUGAGGAGCUGCAUAAAAAGCGCAACUUUCUCGCCUGCUACUGCAAACUAAUUGUCUACAACAUAAUACCAACCAUGCGAGCGGCGAGCAUAUUUAAAUACUAUGUCAAGUGCUAUAACGAGUACGGGGACAUUAUCAAGGCAACGUUGGGCAAGGCUCGCGAAAUAAACAAAGUCAACUUUGCCAUGACGCUACUGUUAGGUCUCAUCACCGUAUUUAAGAAUCUGGUGGAGCAAAGUGACGAUGGUGUCGUGUCAAAGAGCUCACAAGAGUUCAUCGAUCUGAAGGAGUUGGCAAAACGUUUUGCCCUUACAUUUGGCUUUGAUGCGCUUAAGAAUCGAGACUCAGUUGCAGCCAUACAUCGGGGAGGCAUAUACUUUGCUGCCAAUAAGCAGCCAGACGAUCCAGUCCGCGCACCGACACGCCUGCUCUUUCUGGAGGUGCUCAAUGAGUUUAAUUACAAACUGCUGAAGCAGGAUAAGAAGGUUAUAAUGGCCUUUCUUGACAAAAUCAUACCACCAGGCAUGCCAUCGAGCCGUGCCGAGGAGUGGCAGCCGUUGGUCCUCUAUCGCAACUCCCUGCUGCACGGCGAAACCGAUCAGGCGCCAUUGGCAACGCGUCGUGCAUAUACGCGUAAGCGCAUAAAUCAUGAUGAAGAUGACGAAGAUGAGGAAGAUGAGGAAGAACACAAUGAUCCUGAUUAUAGAGGCUAAGAUCCUCUUUAUAUAUUGUUAAUAAUUCAAUAUCUUAGAUUCAAGAAUUAAGCUUAUAUAUUUUAUUUAAGGAAGUAAAAGCAUACUGCUUACCAUUUAAUUUUAAGUUAACUUGCAACAAAAUCAUUUUCAUUGCGAAAACAUUUCACACAAUAUGUCAAAAUAAAGUUAUGAUUUAACAAAAUAAUAAGAAA